AAAUAAAAAUGUGAAGAAGACAGUCAAAGAAAUGAAAUUCUUGAGUCUCACACCCCUCAUAAGAAAUAACUCAUAAAGAAGCAGUAGAAAUUGCAGAAAUGCAAGUGGGGGAUUGUGAAUCGGAUCAGAGUUGAAGCUUGGGACCUCACUGUAUCUUCCAUUAUCCUCACAGCUAUAUUACAAAAAGGUGGACAGUGGGUUUGGUAAUUUUGUAGGCGUGUGUAGCCCAUAAUUUCCACAGCACCUUGUGAAAAUGACUUCUUCAAAAAGUUAGAAAGAGAAAAGUGGUUGCUGAUUGCCCCUAACAAUCACUGCAUUAGAUCUCACACACAGAGGGAGACGGAGGGAGAGGGAGAAAGGAAGAGAGAGAUGUCUCGGAGAUCGGGAGGUUGUGUGAGGUGUUGUCUUGUGGUGUUUGCAGUGCUGUCGGCUUUGUGUGUGUCUGGACCUGCUUGGUAUUGGCGGCUCAAGAAGGCUAUGGGGUCGGGAGAAAACGCAUCCUCCUCUUGUGCUCCUUGCAUCUGUGAUUGCCCUCCUCCUUUGUCUCUUCUCAAGAUUGCUCCUGGGUUGGUCAAUCUCUCAGUCACAGGCUGUGGAGGCGAUGACCCAGAUCUCAGGAGGGAGAUGGAGAAGCAGUUUGUGGAUCUUCUGACAGAGGAGUUGAAGCUGCAAGAGGCUGUUGCUGCAGAGCAUGCCCGCCAUAUGAACAUUACCUUUCUUGAAGCAAAAAGGGUGGCUUCCCAGUACCAAAGGGAGGCAGAAAAAUGCAAUUCUGCCACUGAAACUUGUGAGGGGGCUAGGGAGCGUGCUGAAGCAUUGCUGAUCAAGGAGAGGAAGGUGACUUCCUUGUGGGAGCGGCGAGCUCGUCGACUUGGUUGGGAAGGGGAAUAAACAUUCACAUUAGUUAGUUAAUUGUUCUUCAGUCCAACUUGUUAAAAUAUUCUAGCCAUGAUAUUUAUAUGAUCAAGAAAGCAAAAUCUGCUUUGAGUCUUAUUAAAAGCUGAAACACACUCUGUCUCCCUCUCCCUCUCUCACACACACAAACCCAUGCACAUUUUACUAGCAUAUUCUUUUUUGUGCCAUCUGAUGGCAUGUAUUCACCACUCGUAAACCACAUGUUACGUACCCAUCAGCUACCUUACCACUAUAUGAGUUGUUGUAAUGCAUUUCUCAACUGACUACGGCACAAGGCCACAGGCCUUGUUACUCUUAUGGCCUGUUUGUUUUGGAAAAUAAUAUAUCUAUCUGAUUGCAUCA